AAGACUUUGAAUUUCGCGACAUGUCAAGACUUGUGCAAUCGCGAUUGACUCCUGAAACGGGCGGCAAAAAGCCGAAAAAUAAUCAUUUUUGGCUUCACUAAGUGACCUUCCACUUGUUUGCGCGGAGAAAAUGGCUCUUCAGCCUCGAGCUUCUGGUGAAUUGAUUGUGAAAUUGGCGAAACACCUGAAAGUCAAUGGAUCUGGUGUUGAUAAACUCUGCCGGGCUGUUUUGGAAGGACUCAAAAGCAAGGAAAUCGACGUAGAGAACUUCUCUCAGCACGAAUUCCAUCCCAAACCUGAGGAUCCGAAGUGUUUGAACUGGUUGUUCCUGAUUGACACCCUGAACUUCUGCUUCUGGACGCCGGGAAAUGCCACCAAGUGGAGAGUUGAGGGUCAGACCGGCUACUUUGCCCUCUGCGCAGCAAUAAAUCGCGCCCGGAAAGCCGGCGAGGAUAUCACGAAUCCCGAAUACUACGUGAAGCUCGAUGUUGAGGAUCUGGAGAGGAUUUUGAGGUGUGACGAUGGGGAGACAAAGGCUCCGCUGAUCCAGGAGAGGGUGAAGUGCCUGAAGGAAGUGGGUCAGACGUUGCUGGAGAAGUACGGAGGGAAUUUCGAGAAUUGCGUGAAGCAGAGCGGAAAAUCGGCUGAGAAACUCCUGCAGAUGAUUGUUGAGGACUUUCCAUGCUUCAGGGAUGAGGCCAGCUAUGAGGGACAGCGCGUGGCGAUCUACAAGAGAGCGCAGAUCCUGAUCGGUGACAUCUGGGCGUGCUUCCGAGGAGAGGGAAUUGGCGAGUUUCCAGACAUUGGAAAGAUCACAAUGUUCGCCGAUUAUCGCGUGCCGCAGGUUUUGGUGCACUUUGGCGCUCUGGAGUACAACGAGGAUCUGAUGAAGCGCCUCAAGAGUGAUGAAAUUCUGGAGAAUGGAUCUGAGGCUGAGGUGGAAAUCCGCGGAGCGUCGAUUUUCAUUGUGGAGGAGCUGAAGGACAAAGUUCUGGCGGAGAUUCGUGAGAAGAAGCUGGAAAUUUCCACGAAGAAUGUGAAUUCUGUGCUCUUGGAUCACUUCCUGUGGGACUACAGACGUCGUCAUGCUGCUGAGCUGGAGUACAUCCCCUUCCAUAAGACCUACAGUGUCUUCUACUGAUAGUCAGGCGACAAAAUGUAAUCUCAGGGAUUCUCCAC